UUCAAUUUCAAACUCUAUAUACUCAAGAAAUUAUAGACGACGCAUUGACAAGGUCAUUUGGCUCGAGAUGAUGUUAUUUUGUUUGGACGGAUGAAGUACUAAUACAAAAAAUGGAUCUAUAGAAACACUGAAGUAAAGUGACGAUGAGCUAUGGAUCUCGGCUCCUCGUUGUCGUCAUCGUCAUCAUCAUCAUCCCCGCCUUCGCAGCCGCGCAGCAAUACGGCUGCUUCGGCGGCAACUACACUUCAAACUCCACAUACGCCGCCAACCUCAACUCCCUCCUCUCAUCCCUCCCACCCAACCUAAACGAUGCCGCUUUCUACAACGCCUCCUCCCUUCUUCCCAACACCACCGAUCCCGCCUUCGCCUCCGCCCUCUGCAGACCCGACUCCCAGCUCGACACGUGCCGCUCCUGCAUCCGAAACUCCACCACCGAGCUCCUCGCCCUCUGCCCCAACCGCACCCAAGCCGUCCUCUUCAAACCCCUCUGCACCCUCCGCUACUCCGACGCCUCCAUGUACGGCCUCCUCUCCGAGGCCUACUCCAUCACCGGCCGCUCCACCACCAACCUCUCCGCAUCCGACCAGUUUAGGUCGGACGUGAGAGCGCUGCUGGGCAAUCUGAGCUCCCAGGCAGCUGCUGGCGGGCCCAUGAUGAAGGUGGCGGCUGGGAAUUCGAGUAGUGGCUCUGUAUACGCGCUGGUGCAGUGCACGCCGGAUCUGUCGUUGAGGGACUGCUCCAACUGCUUGUCGGGGCUCGUGCAGCGCCUUCCGCAGUGCUGCGAUGGUUCGACUUUCGUGAUCAUGUUUGUGCCGAGUUGCAAUCUACAUUUCCAGCUUGAUCAGUUUUAUAAUCUAACUAGGCUUGAGCAAGUGCGGGCCAUGGCAGUCGUGCCUUCGCCUCCGCCUUCUCCACUUGUCGUGCCAUCUACACCUUCUCCACCACCAGGAAAGGGUGAUGGUAAUAAAACUCGAACUAUCAUCUUGAUUGUGGUGCCAAUUGGUUCUGGUCUUGUUCUAAUUUGUGUUUGCAUUUGCAUUUUCUUGAGAAGAAGAUUAAAGAGAAAUCCCGAGGAAGUUAACCAGAACUAUGGUGAGGAGAUAAGCACAGCAGAAUCCUUGCUAUAUGAUUUCGAAAAGAUCAAAGCUGCAACGAACGAUUUCUCUGAGACUAACAAGCUCGGAGAAGGCGGAUUUGGUGUUGUCUAUAAGGGAAAACUUGAAGAUGGCAGAGAAAUUGCAGUGAAAAGGCUGUCUAAAAACUCAGGGCAAGGAGACGAAGAAUUCAAGAAUGAAGUGUUGUUAAUGGCCAAGCUUGAGCACAGGAAUCUGGUCCGACUGCUGGGAUUCUCGUUGAAAGAAGCGGAGAGGCUUCUCGUAUAUGAAUUUGUUCAAAAUGGAAGCCUGGAUGGCUUCAUAUUUGACCGGAUCAAGCAUGAGCCCCUUGACUGGAAUAUGCGCUACAAAAUCAUAAGGGGCAUCGCCAAGGGACUUGUUUAUCUGCACAAUGACUCUGGUUUCAGGAUCAUUCACCGUGAUCUCAAGGCGGCUAACGUGUUAUUAGACUCGGAGAUGAAUCCUAAGAUAGCUGAUUUUGGUAUGGCCAGGAUGUUUUUUCAAGACCAAAGUGGAAGUAACACGAGGAGAAUUGUUGGAACCUUUGGAUACAUGCCCCCAGAAUAUGCAAGGCAUGGGAAAAUCUCAGUGAAGCUAGACGUCUUCAGCUUCGGCGUGCUAUUGCUAGAGAUCGUCAGUGGGCAGAGAAACGGAUCUUUUCGAAAUCCAGACAGCCGGGAGAAUGUGGAAUACAUGCUGAGUUUUGCAUGGAGAAAAUGGCAGGAGGGGGGAGCGAAGAAGAUGAUCGAUCCGGUAUUGAUGGGUGGUGAUGAUGGAGCUAGUGUGGGUGAUAUGUUGAGAUGCAUUCACAUAGGUUUGUUGUGCGUGCAAGAAAAGGAGGAGCAGAGGCCAACCAUGGCAUCGGUUCAAGUCAUGCUUAGUAGCGUCUCAGUGACACUGCCGCUGCUUUCCAAACCUGCAUAUUUCAGUUCGGUUGCGAAACAGAUCCAGACGGAGCUAACCAAAGCUUACGACACUCAAAAUGAUGCUUCAAUAACAGAUCUGAGAGCAGUAAUUAAGACGCAAUUCCCACUUAUAUUAACUUGCUCAUUUUUUCCCAGUUACAACCAAACUAAGAUGACUUCCCGAACAUGUGUCCUUCUCUUCAUUCUGGCCAUCCUCUCCCGCGCCGUGACGGCCCAGAACUACGGCUGUUUCAGUGGCAACUACACCACCAACGGCACAUACAGCACCAACCUCAACUCCAUCAUCACAUCUUUUCCACUAAACAUACAAGACAACGGAUUCUACAACGGCACAGCCGGCCAAGCCCCGGACCGAGCCUACGCCACCGCGCUAUGCAGAACCGACUUUCAGCUCGAGGAGUGCCGCACCUGCCUCCGAGAUGCCGCCCCGGAGCUUCUCCGGUUGUGCCCGAACAGGAGACAGGGCAUCCUGUUCAGUGACAAAUGCACGCUGAACUAUUCCGACGAGUCACUUGCCGACGGCGCCGCAACUGACGGUUACACUAUCUUAAUCAGGAGUCCCCAGACUGCACGGAAUCCUGAGCAGUUUAACCAGAAACUGUGGGGGCUGUUGAAGGAUCUCCGCACUCAGGCGGCCACAGGAGGGCCGUUGAUGAAGACCGCGGCAGGGAAUGAGACGGGGCCGAGUUUUCAGGACAUAUUCGCCCUGGUGCAGUGCGGGGCUGAUCUCUCAGAAGCGGGGUGCGAGCGUUGUUUGAUCAGCGCCGAGCAAUUUGUGUGUUGUGAAAACAACACGGCUGUAGUAGUACUUAUGCCCCGCUGUACUCUGCAAUAUGAUGUAGCACCCUUUUACAAUAUCACUCGGAUUCAAGAGGUGCGAGCGAUCAUAUCGCCCCUCCCUCCUCCUCCUCCUCCGCUUCCGGUGCCGCCACCAUCAUCGCCAAGUAAUACCAAACGAACUAUGAUCAUCAUUCUUGUUCCGAUUGUGGCGUCUCUGUUUCUCGCUGCUUGUGUUUGCAUAAUCGUCAGAAAGAGAUUCGAGAAGAAAACAGAGGAUGUAACAACAUUACAAGGCGAGGAAGAAGAUGUAAGCGCCGAAACAUCCUUUUUAUACGAUUUCAAGCAACUUGUAGCUGCCACAAACAAUUUCUCCACUAGUAACAAACUUGGAGAAGGAGGAUUUGGUGCAGUUUAUAAGGGAAAACUUGGAAGUGGCCAACAAAUUGCGGUCAAAAGGUUGUCAAGGAAUUCAGGGCAAGGAGAAUUGGAAUUCAAGAAUGAAGUAUUUUUAAUGGCCAAGCUUCAACAUAGUAAUUUGGUACGGUUGUUGGGAUUCUCACUACAAGGGUCGGAGAGGCUUCUCGUCUAUGAAUUUGUUCAAAACGGAAGCCUAGACUGCUUUCUUUUUGAUCCGAUGAAGCGUUCGCUUAUUAAUUGGGAGAGCCGGUACAAGAUCAUAAAAGGCAUUGCCAAGGGACUUGUUUAUCUGCACGAAGAGUCGUGUAUACGCAUAAUUCAUCGUGAUCUCAAAGCGAGCAACAUCCUCCUAGAUGGGGACAAAAAUCCCAAAAUCUCCGAUUUUGGUAUGGCAAGAUUGUUUCAACAGGAUGAAACACGAGGCAACACACGUAGAAUUGUUGGUACCUACGGAUACAUGGCACCUGAAUAUGCACGACACGGGGAUUUCUCGAUUAAAUCCGACGUGUUUAGCUUUGGAGUGCUGGUGUUGGAGAUUAUCUGCGGACAAAGUAACAACUCAUUCAAGAAUGUGGAAAAUGGAGAGAACGUAGAAUAUAUGCUUAGUUAUGCUUGGAGAAAUUGGUGUGCGGGAAGAGGGAGGAAGUUGAUUGAUCCCGCAUUGAUGUCUGCUUCAACAACCCCUAUACAUGAUGUUAUGAGAUGUAUUCAUAUCGGUUUGUUGUGCGUUCAGAAAAAUGCAAGGGAUCGGCCGCCGAUGGCUUCUGUUUUGGUAAUGCUUCAUAGCUUCUCUGCCACAUUUUCGGUGCCUUUGGAGCCGGCGUUUUUCGUCCCUCAUGGCAAUAAGGAGCUGGCCAGAUCAUUGGAGAUCAAACCAACCGAGUUUUCCAAAAAUGAAGCAUCGAUCACUGAGUUUUAUCCGCGUUGAGUUGUAGCUUCAUUCAUUCCUUUUACCUUGUGAAGUCACUGGCCAAAAUAUAAGAGAAAGGAGGAUUUGAAGUAGUUGUACAUAUGAGAGAAUUUGUUGUAUAUUGCUGGGGUGGUGUGGGUGGAUAUUUACCAUAUUAAGUGUGGACCAGAUUACAUAUCAUUUUCAAAUAAUGUGUGAAUUAUAUGAUAGUAUGUGCCUGU